CACGCGUGUGUCAGUGAGCGAUCGCUUGUCGUUUCGUGUGUUAUUUGGUGCGGUAAAUGUUUCUCUUCGUGAAAAUGAGAAAACAUGCGCUUGAUUAUCUAAUUAUAAAGUGAUAUAAGUGUAUUUGUUAAGUGUCUUCGGUUUACAUAGUUAUUUGCUUUUGUAUGUCAUCGGACUCAUCAAUAUGGCGGCAUCCCGUCACAAAUCACAACAGAAAAAUAUAUCGUCCAUAUUUUCUAAACUGCACGGCGCUUUCUCUGAUGCCGUGUGUCCAACAAAGCUCGCAACAGACAAGCGUACCCUUGAUAAAACAUGGAAGCUAAUGGACAAAGUUGUAAAACUGUGUCAACAUCACAAGAUGAACCUGAAAAACAGUCCACCUUUUAUAUUAGAUAUUUUGCCUGAUACAUAUCAGAGGUUGCGCGUUAUAUACUCUAAAUAUGAGGACAAUAUGCAGGAAUUGAAUAAUAAUGAACAUUUUAACAUAUUUAUUAUUAAUUUGAUAAGAAAAUGUAAGCAAGCUAUUAAGUUGUUUAAAGAGGGUAAGGAGAAAAUGUUUGAUGAAAAUUCUCAUUAUAGGCGUAAUUUGACUAAGCUCAGUUUAGUAUUUAGUCAUAUGCUGAGUGAGUUAAAGGCUAUGUUUCCAAAUGGUACAUUUGCUGGUGACCAGUUCCGUAUAACCAAGAGUGAUGCAGCUGAAUUCUGGAAGACAAACUUUGGUAACAGCACAUUGGUGCCAUGGAAGAUAUUCCGCGAGGAGCUGAACAACGUGCAUCCAAUUUCAUCAGGGUUGGAAACCAUGGCGCUGAAGACCACGAUAGAUCUUACCUGUAACGAUUUUAUAUCGAAUUUCGAGUUUGAUGUCUUCACGAGGCUUUUUCAACCAUGGAGCACGUUGUUACGGAAUUGGCAGCUUUUGGCGGUAACACAUCCAGGUUAUGUUGCCUUUCUAACAUAUGACGAAGUGAAGGCGCGGUUACAGAAGUACAUACACAAGGCUGGCAGUUAUGUAUUUAGGUUAUCGUGUACGCGGCUUGGUCAGUGGGCGAUUGGGUAUGUGACUGUUGACGGCGAGAUUCUACAGACGAUACCACAAAACAAGAGUUUAGUACAGGCGCUGCUGGACGGAUAUAGAGAGGGAUUCUAUCUAUAUCCAGACGGUCGUGACGUGAAUCCAGACCUAAGCAGCGCCAUCAUUUCGCCAGCAGAAGACCAUAUAACUGUUACGCAGGAGCAGUAUGAACUUUAUUGUGAAAUGGGUAGCACGUUUCAAUUAUGUAAAAUAUGCGCUGAAAAUGACAAGGAUAUAAGGAUAGAGCCGUGUGGACAUCUACUUUGUACGCCCUGUUUGACAGCUUGGCAGAUUGAUUCCGAAGGUCAAGGAUGUCCGUUCUGUCGUGCGGAAAUCAAGGGAACAGAACAAGUGGUUGUUGAUGCCUUUAUACCCCCGAGGCCGCCGAAUACAACGGCUGAUGUCAAAUUGGCGAACACGAAGACAGCGGUUAGGCCGGUGUCUUCAAACUCGUCAGGGUCCAGUGGAUCGUCAGGUUCGUCGGCCUGUAAUGGGUCAAGUUCGGAAACGCCUACCACAAACAAUGCGAACGGCUGGUCCACAAGGAAUACGACGUUUAACGGUCUCACAGAUGACAUUGAUGAUUCAGAGGAUUGGGCAGAAUUUAACGCAGCAACAUCGACAAUAGAUGCAUUACGGCCAGGUGUUAGGUCUGCUGGUGCAUCACCACGACACUCGCCUAGAGCUGUUCGCAAAGCGCCUGCGCCUGCUGAGAACGCGUACGGAGAACUGCGAGCGCCACCUCUACCGCCUCGGAAGAGUCUUUCUCCAGCAGAAACUAUUGUUGCAGCGUCCAGUGUACAGGAUAUUGCUGCUGCUAGUUCUAUUAUUCCAGAUCCUAGAAGACGAUCAUCGUUGGAGCCAGAACCAGACUCAAGGCAUAAACUGACGUCUGUGAUCACUGGUUCGACGGAGACCAUCACUGGCAUUAUUGAUACAAGACAUGAAGUUAUACCUCCCGACCCGAGAGCCUUCGAAAAGCCUCGAAGAGCUUGCACACCUCAAGCAAAUAGCCGGCCACUUCCCGCACCCCCUCCAGAAAGGCAAGAGGAACGAACAGAAAGGCAAGAUAGACACGUGCAAGACCGACUCGAUAAUCGAUUGGAUAAUCGAAUAGAGAGGUCUGAAAGAUCGAAUUCGGAAAAUCGAGUUCUUGAUCGACAUAUGGAUUUCAGACCCCCAGAACGGCCAGACAAAUCAGACCGAAUUCAAGAAAAAGCGAACUUCGAUAGGGAACAUCGAGCGCCUCCACGUCAAAGAUCGCUCCCGUCUUCAACGAGUACGGAUCAUCAACCAACAAAGUCCACUACUAUGCCUAAAUUCCCAUCAGAGGAUGUGAAGGAUCCGCCAUAUGAAAAUGUUGGCAAUGAGAAAAAUGAAUUAUCUGUAACAUCUAAGAAAAUUAACCCGCUGACACACGACAAACACGGUCGUAAAUACAACGAAAACGUGUCAUAUGAAAAUAUAAAUCUCGAUUACAUCGCGAGGUUGGUCGACGAAGGGUAUCCCAAGGAGAUCGUGGUUCGGGCGUUGGGCAUUACGCGGAAUGAUCUAGAAAUGGCCUGCGAUAUUCUACACGAAUUCGGCACGAAGGUCCCUAAUAAAUGCUAGAGAUGUAUUUAUAGUUCAACUGUUCGCUUUAAUAGUUCUUAUUUUCAAUAGUCUAAGGUCCAUAUUCCCAUCUAGUCUUGAGCGAUGUGAUGUGAAAUCGAAACUCAAUUUUAAUUUUACAUUAUUGAAACUAUUUGAUGUUAAAUAAAUAUGAAAAAACGAAACGUAACGUGAAUGUCAAAAUUACCACUCAUAGCAAGGUCGUAAUUUUAUAAAUGUCAAAUUCUUGUCAGAACCUCGUAUUAAUAAUGGUUUGGACUUUCGAGCGUUAAAGAAACAUUUGUACCUUCUAAAUUGUAUAAAUACAUUAAUAGCGGAAUUAAAAUAUAUGUAGGAUAAAUUGAAAUUAUAUUUGAUUAACCGAUGUACAAAGUUACUACAUUUUAUUUCUAAACGCUCUUAACACUGUUAACUAAAGUGCUCUACAUAGGGCUUUUAGUUAAAACAGUGUUAUAAGACUGAUUUAGUUCUACAUUCAUUCUACAACAUUUGAUCUAAAAUUUAAUAUCACUUAACAUUCACGAUCACUGCACUGAUACGUCAUCUAUUUAUUUAUUUCUCCCAUUAGAAAAUAAAUAAAUAUACUAUGAUAAUAUAAUGCCUGCGUCUCACAAUGUUACGUUCUAAUACCCAACAGCUAUAUAGUUGUUAUUGAAAACUACGAUAACAACUAUUUAUAUAUAUUUUUUUAAAUGGGUUCAAUCAAAAAUCUGCCUAAAAAACUGAGAGUUUUUCAGUGGCGUAACAAUAGGGUGGCAGGGCUGGCAAAAUGCCAAAAUGCCCAAGAGGCCGCGAGCUCAAAAAAAAUGUUAUUUUUAUUUCAUUGUAAAUGUAUGCAGGUUUCCUUACGUUUUUCACCGAAAAGCUGAGGAAUGUAAUACGCAUUAGUCUAGCGCUUAGACAGAUCAUUCCCUCUUGCCUAAAACGGAGUUAUCAUUGUGGUAUUAGUGGGACAUAUACAACGUGUAAUUGAAUACGCUGAAAAUCUCGAAGUUUAUUAAAAUUAAUCUACAGUCAAUCGUCACAUGUACUAAGUACAACGUGACGAUUUUUACUGAUAGGGCUCCAUCAAAAGAUGUUGCCAAGGGCCUCAGAUUGUAUAGUUACGCCUAUGGCGUUUUUAAUACUUUGUAGAACUAGCCCGUUAAGCCAACAAUAUCGCUAGGGUCCUUCAAGUAGUACAUACUAAUUUUUAAGGCCAAAAACGUGACUGUAUGGGCGGCGGUAUCAUGUAACAUCAGAUGAGCAUCCUGCCUGCUUGACCUCUGUCUAUUAAAUACUUAAAAUAAAAGACGAAAAACUUAUUUCGCAACAAACGGAAUGAUUUGAAUGACAAGCGAACCUAUUCGUCUGUUAAAACAAAACCAAUUAUAAUAAUAAAUUGAAGAGAUAUGUAUAUCGAUUUUUUAUAUUAAUUUUAAUACGAUUUCCAAUUCUCAGUAUUUGUAUUACUAAGUAUACUUAACUCUGUACAUAAUAUAUUUUCGUAAAACGCUAUCUUAUAUACUUAAUAGCUGUUUAAAUAGUCUAUAUUUUUCAUAAUUACGUAUAUUUGUAAUAAAUUUUGACACUUUGACUUAUGAUAUUUGCAAUAUGAAUAGAAUUAAACUAUCUCUUAUUGUACUUCUCGCGUUUCCUUAAUAAACAUACACAUUUGAAAGUUUAAGGUAAAAACAUUAUUUCGAUAGGAUAAAGAAAAUCUUGAAAUUAAAAAUAAUUUAGUAUUUGUUACUUUGUUUCCCUUUAGAUGGGUUAAUGUUUUUCAGCCGCCAAUAUUAAAUGAUGAGAUUUUUUGACCAUGUGCGUAAAAUUUAUAUCCAUCUCGUAAUCAUUGCGGAGGUCAUGUCAUUUUGAGGUGCCUGUUGCUAGUGAUAUCUCCAAUUAUAAUAAUUUAUAGUCAAUAUAAUUUUGUACGAUAAUUUUUGCAAAUGAAAUAUAGAAAAUCCUUGUUAUACUUUACUCAAAUCAAUACCGGCGGACCUUAUUAUGAUAUUAUGUUAAUGUUCUUAUUAUAUGACAUGAAUAUUUGUAUAUGGCUAAUUGUGCGGAUUUUCUUUUUAUUAUUCGACAUUUUAUGUAUACGCGAAAAGUACAAUUGAGAAUAUGUAAAUAUUUUGAUAUUCUUUCGACAUUCAUGUUGGACAUUUAGUUAAGACGGAGCUUAUGCUAAUUUUAUAAGAAAUUCUAAAACUAAAGACGUGCAAUUUUGUUUAAUGCCUUACGGUUUGGUAAGCGUUCGAAACUGUUUGGUUACAAGAACCAUUUGUAACCGUUAGUUGAUUUAAGGACUGACUUGUUUAGCUUAUAGUGCGUAAAUUCUCGGAAAAUAAUUACAAAUCGUCGUUCGUUUUUAUUGUUAAUAUUUCUUAUUUUAAUGUGCUCUAAAUAUUUUUGAAAUCUAGUUUUUAAAUGUGUAAUAAUGUUGAGAUUCGGCAGCUCAUAAUGGUCUAAUAAUUAUAUUAUAGUGUAGUUCUUACCCACUGAUUUAGGUAUUGAAGUGACAUAUCCACCAAAUAACUAGUCAAGCUGCAUAUUUUCAAUAACAAAUUAGUUGUACCACGGAUAUGAGUUUCACUCAAUUACUCACUAGAUGGCGUUGUAUUAAACUCUAACAUUAACAUGGCCUAACUUCAUGUCUGUUAUACGAAAUAUACAAUGUUCUGCUGAAUAAAGUAAUUAUUUUGUACA